AUGUCUUCAAGUACCAAGCGACCACGGUACAGCUGUACAUUCACAGAUGUUUUAAAAGAAAAAUUUCCGAUUAUGAAAGAUGGUAGAGAACCUACCGAAGUGUUUUGUUCAAUAUGCAACAAUUAUGUUUCAAUUAAGUUCAAGGGAGCUGCCGAUAUUGAAAAACAUAUACUAACGGAAAAACAUAAGAAAAAUGUUUUAAUUGUUUCAAGUAACACGAAAAUUGACUCUUUAUUUCAUCCACAAAGUUCUGGAUUGACAGACAAAAAAUCCGCCGCUGAGGCCACUUUAGCUUUUCACACAGUGAAACAUCACCAAUCAUUUAAAUCUAUGGAUUGCACCAGCCAACUGGUGAAGGCUAUAUUUGCCGAUUCCAACACUGCGAAUAGUAUUUCUUGUGCAAGAACGAAGACUGAGGCCAUUGUUACGGGCGUGAUAUCUCCGUGGGUAAUUGAACAGGUAAAAGUAUCAUUACAAAACGUUAACUACUUGGGCGUUUCCACAGAUGCAAGUAAUCACGGCGCAGAAAAAAUAUUUACAAUUAUGAUACAAUUUUUUGACUGGCAAGAAGGUAUUAAAACAAAACUGCUGGAUGUGCUGAGCACACCCGAUGAAACUGCUGACACUAUAACAGAGAUAAUUAAAACAAGCUUGCAUAAGCACGACUUGUUGACAAAAUGUGUAUCAUUUACAGCAGACAACGCUAAUGUUAAUUUUGGCGGAAUUAAUCGGCGACCGGGGCAAAAUGUGUUGACUAAUUUAAAAAACAUAUUAGAAAAAGAUAUCGUAGGAGUUGGGUGCCCAGCGCGCAUUCUACACAAUUGUAUUCAACACGGCACUGAUAAUCUUCAUAUUGAUAUAGAAUCUGUAGUAAUGAAGUUGUUUAAUUAUUUUUCCGUAUACACCGUACGCACGGAGGCGUUGAAGGAUAUCAGCGAGUAUAUAGAUGUUAAUUAUCAGAAACUUUUGUUUCAUAGCAAGACACGAUGGCUUAGUCUCUUUCCAGCGAUCGAAAGAAUAUUGAAGAUGUAUGAGCCGUUGAAGCAGUACUUUUUGUCUACUCCUGGUGUACCAAUAACUUUGAAGAACUUUUUUGAAAAUGAACUCAGCGAAAUUUAUUUAUUUCUCGCUCACUCCUUGAUGUCAAUCUUUCAGGCAAGAAUUGAAGACAUCGAAAGAGAAGGUAAUUCUGUUCUAGAUAUUAAAAGAAUCCUCGAAUCCACACAUGAAAUUUUAGUUGCACGAUCGAACGCAAACUUCAUGCCACUAAAAGUGCGAGAAUUGCUGGCUAAGUGCACUGCGGAAAAUCAAGAAGUUUUCAAACAAGACCUUAAAAAUAUGUAUAAGACUUGCAUAGAAUAUCUGAUCAAGUGGAUGAAGCCUUUAGAUGAUUUCAAAGUCUUUAAUUGGUUGAUGCUGACAAGGGGCGAAAUGAUCGACUUUGAUCAGAUUGCAGAAAAAACCUUACUUGAAAAGGUAUCUUCACACAUUAAGUACGAUAAAACUGAAUAA